AUGGAUCUGGACCUGGACUAUGAGCGCCCCAACGUCGAGACUAUCAAGUGCGUGGUGGUGGGCGACAACGCCGUGGGCAAGACCCGCCUCAUCUGCGCCAGGGCCUGCAAUGCCACGCUCACCCAGUACCAGCUGCUCGCCACCCACGUGCCCACCGUCUGGGCCAUCGACCAGUACCGAGUGUGCCAGGAGGUGCUGGAGCGCUCGAGGGACGUGGUGGACGAGGUCAGCAUCUCGCUGCGGCUCUGGGACACCUUUGGGGACCACCACAAAGACCGGCGCUUUGCCUAUGGCAGGUCGGACGUGGUGGUGCUGUGCUUCUCCCUGGCCAACCCCAACUCCUUGCGACACGUGACGAGCAUGUGGUACCCCGAGAUCAAGCACUUCUGCCCCCGCACCCCCAUCGUGCUGGUCGGCUGCCAGCUGGACCUGCGCUACGCUGACCUGGAGGCUGUGAACCGCGCUCGCCGACCGCUGGCCAAGCCCAUUAAACCGUCGGACAUCCUUCCCCCCGAGUGUGGGCACGAGGUGGCGAAGGAGCUGGGCAUCCCCUACUACGAGACCAGCAUGGUGGCUCAGUUUGGCAUCAAGGACGUCUUUGACAACGCCAUCCGCGCCGCCCUCGUCUCUCGCCGGCACCUGCAGUUCUGGAAGUCCCACCUGAGGAAGGUGCAGCGCCCCCUCCUGCAGGCGCCCUUCCUGCCCCCCAAGCCUCCCCCGCCCGUCAUCCACAUCCCCGAGCCGGCGCCCGGAGAGGGCCGGGGCCCCGACGCCCUCUUCCGCCAGCCGCUGUGCGCCGACGUGGUCUUCUGCCUGCAGGGGGGCCACCGCGUCUUUGCCCACCGCGUCUACCUGGCCACGUCCUGCUCCAAGUUCUACGACCUCUUUGCCCUGGACUCUCCCGCCGCCGAGGCCGCGGGGGCCAAGGAACCGGCGGCGAGGACUAGGAGCUUGGAUGCCGACAUCCAGUGUGGCUCGGCGGCCGCAGCUUCUCUCCGGGCCUCGCAGAGCGACGACCCCCUGCGCUUGGGGCAGGCACCGCGGGCGCUGGCCGGCUGGGGCCGGGGCUUCGUCAGCCUGCGCCAGGAGGCGGUGCGCGACCCCAUCACGCAUCGCGAGAAGCCCAUGGCGGCCGUCUACCUGGACGGGCAGGUGCAGGCGGGGCCUUUCUGCGUGGUGCUGGAGUACCUGUACACGGGGCAGCUGGCGCAGCACGGCGCCGACCUGAUGCAGGUGGCGGCCAUCGCCGAGCUGCUGGAGGUGUUUGACCUGCGCAUGAUGGUGGCCAACAUCCUCAACAAGGAGAGCUUCAUGAACCGGGAGAUCACCAAGGCCUUCCACGUCCGUCGCGCCAACCGGAUCAAGGAGUGCCUGAGCAAGGGGACGUUUGCAGAUGUCGUGUUUGUGGUCGACGACGGGUUGGUGCCGGCCCACAAGCCCCUUCUCCUGGCCGGCUGUGACUUCAUGGUCGCCAUGUUUGGGAGCACCUUCCGGGAGAGCUGCGCGGCGGAGGUCUCCUUGCCGGGCACCAACUGCGCCUGCUUGCGGGCUGUGCUGGAGUUCCUCUACACGGGCCUCUUUGUCCCCACGCCAGACCUGGACGCCAUGGAGCUUCUGGUGCUGACCAACCGCCUCUGCCUGACCCGCCUGCAGGCCCUGACCGAGCAGUACGCAGUGGAUGAGCUGGUUCAUGCCAGCCUGCAGAAGGUGGAGAUUGACGCCCAGGUGAUCCUCUACCUGGAGAUGACGCAGUUCCACAAUGCCCGCCAGUUGGCUGCCUGGUGCCUCCACUAUCUCUGCACCAACUACAACAGCGUCUGCCGCCGCUUCCCCCGCGAGAUGAAGUGCAUGUCUCCAGAGAACCAGGCCCACUUUGAGCGCCACCGCUGGCCCCCAAUCUGGUACCUGAAGGAGGAGGACCGCUACCUGCGCCUGCAGAGAGAGCGUCAGCUGGAGGAGGAGAUGCUGCAGAAGCAGAACCCGCGGCGGAAGUGGUGUUUCUGGCGCCCCCAGCACACCAGCCACGUCUCCUGAGCCCCCUCCCCACCCCGC